AUGCCUGUAAAACGGCCCGGAAGGCGCUCGAAAAGGGUUGCAGGGACCAAGACGGAGUGGGGACAAAGCUCAGUCACGGAUUAUGCAGCAUUCAGAAGUGUAGCACCUGAAGUAGCAGCAGCAGCGGCUGUAGCAGAUCAGAUAUCGUACAACGAUGAGCUCUUGGAGGCUCCUAAAAAGAGAUUACGCGCAAGAACGGCGAUGGAUACGGAGCUGACGGGUACCAGGGCUAGUCUUCAUAAAGAUGCAGACCAGGAAGACACGCGAGACGGAGCAGUAGAAGAUGGGGUAGAUUAUACAUCGUUGGAAGGACUAGAGGAGGCUGCGAAGAGCAUACUUGUGGGUGAGGUGGAGCAGGAUGCGGACGAGGUGCUGGUGCGCAAUUUAGAUACGGAAGGUCUUCUGGAGUUGGCAGCGGCAGAGCAGAGGCUGGCACAGAGCAGAGAUGGGUCUGGCAACGUUGCUGGUGGCAGGCGCAAAGGUGCGAGGGUUAUACGUGCAAUGAAGGAUCUUUCCGCCGCACAAGAUAAACUGGAAAGGAUAUAUGGACGGAAUCGAAAAAAGCUACUAGGACUGGCCAAGUGGAAGGAGGGCUUCGAGACCAAUGUGUUUAACUUCCCGGAUUCUCUACUACAGCCCGAGUCCAAAUACUAUGUACCAGCUCUGGAUAUUUUUGAGGAUCUCGACAUUUCUGGUUGUAAUUAUAAGCCCGUAAAGCACAGCUUGCUAUCCAUGGAGGAGUUUCUGGACAGGUUUCCCAUCGACGUGUCGACACCAAAAGAUGUGACUAUUGCAAACGCAGAAUUUACACUGUACCGGGACCAUAAGGCAGAAUUCCCUGUAAUGGAGUGGGAAAAAAGGAUAGGAUUUAUAUAUAACGUUGGGGGGCUGAUCACUGAUAUGGCGUGGUUGCGAAAUCACAGGUCACAUACGCAGUACCUUGCUGUUGGUGUCUCAAGUAUCAAAAAUGCCGACGACAUGAGACUCAAGAUCUCUGGAAUAGAAAAGCAUGUCGCAAUUAUCGAAAUCUAUGCGCUUAAUCCUUCUGACAUGUCCUUCGUAAAAUAUCAGACAAUCGUGCAUGAGUUUGGUGAAACAUGGGAUCUCAAAUGGAACGAAGGGUACCAUUCAGAUGAAUCAGUAGGUCUACUGGGAUUUGUGUGUCAAGCUGGCGGCGUAAGGUUUAUUGAAGUCCAAAAGUGCGAGCAGUACGAGAUUCGAGCCCUGAGCGAGGCCCAUAUCGACGUGUCUAUGGAAAAUGCGCAGAUAUCUUGUUUUGACUUUUUGUCCUCUGAUACUAUUAUUUGUGGGUUCUAUAACGGCUAUGUCGGUAGGUUUCAGCUAGGUGAUUCUAUACCAGAACUGUACGCUAAAGUACAUGAUACCUAUGUACUAGCGAUUGUCACUGCAUAUUCCCCAUACGAAGAGACCACUAUAUGCAGUACAGCUGUUGAUGGUACUUCUUUUUUAUUUAAUACCAAGAGUAUUAAAACAACCAAAUGUGCAUUGCCUAGAAAUCGGGGUACAAAUAUCAGUCCUCUGGCAUACGUUCCGCAGCUAUAUUCGAUUGUGCAUACGGAUGGAAUCAAUUCGCUCAGAGCUUUUACUCCAAGAGCAGUUUUUGGUACUCACCAGUUGUGUCAGCAUAAAAACAAUAUUGGUUGUAUCGGUACAUCGAGAUUGCAUCCAUAUGUUCUCUCAGGUGCUGCAGAUGGAACAAUAAUCCUAAACAAUGUUGUCAGACGGAUGCUACAAGGUAUUAAAGGGAAUACAGAAACAUAUAAAUAUAUUCGCCUUUGGAAGUGGGACUACAAUGUGACGACGAACUACUAUAGGUUAGAUCCUACUUACGAAGUCAGCAAGUCAGCAGUGAAUGAAAACUCGAAUACGAGGAUAGAUCCAACGCCUGUAAAUAUCCAGGCUGUCAAGUGGAACGAGACCCGGAACUGCGGCAAGUUUUAUGCCUUUGCAAACGCGGCAGGUUUGCUGGUAAUAGAGAAACUUGGUGGAGAUAGUUGA